CAUAACUGCUCGAGAUCAAACUCAUCCGCGGCGCGAGGAGCGGGGACCGGGACCGAGACCGGGACCGAGACCGGGACCGGAGCAGGAGAGUUCCUCCGGGGGAGAAGAGUCUGGAGCAGCGGAGCGCAAAGCUAAAACUAAAGAAAACUAAAGAAAAAAACCGAGCGAGGCGUCAAUCCGGAGAGAGAGAGAGAGAGCGAGAGAGAGAGAGAGAGACAGAGAGAGCGUGCUGCUGCACAUCCACACACACACAUACACACACACACUCUCUCUCUCUCUGCACUCUACACUCUCUCUCUCUUUACGAGCGCGUGCCCCACUGAACACAAGGUGAACCUCCGCGUGGGUCGAUCCCGCGCCGCCCACGUGCGCAAACAGGCGGCUCCUGAUUGGCCCGGAGAGUCUGCUGCAGCUGUGAAGCGCCAGCGCGCAUGCGCGGUGACGAACCCGGAAGUGAUGCGGAGCUGCUCGUCGGUGGAUUUUUAAUAAAAACGGAGAAAAAUGAAACUUCACUUCAACAGAGACGUUUUGCCGGAUUCUGUCAGCUCAGACUUCAGCAAGCUCAACAAGUUCAGCGAGCAGCAAUUUCAGCGUCUGAUUGAAAUUCUGUUCCAGUUCCUGCUGGAGCCCAAAGAGGCGGAGCGCUUCAUGCAGCAGCUCUCGGAGUUUGCGGCGGAGCAGGGUCUGAGCGCCGGGCCGCUGAAGAGCCUGAUGAAGAGCGUCCUGCUGCUGCCGCAGGGAGCCGUGAAGAAGAACCUGACCUCCGAGCAGAUCAGAGACGACCUCUUGACCUUAGGACUGAACCAGGACAAGGCCGCUCACUUCUCACAGCAGUGGGGUGAAAACUGUGGCUCCCUGUCGCGGCUGGCCGUGGGACAGACGCUGAUGGUCAACCAGCUGGUGGACCUGGAGUGGAAGUUCGGAGUGACGGUGGGAACCAGCGAGGUCCAGAAGGCGGGCAACAUCUUCCUGCAGUUGAAGCUGGUGGUCCGCAGGGGGAGCUCCACAGAGAAUGUCUACAUGGAACUGACGCUGCCUCAGUUUUACAACUUCCUACACGAGAUGGAGCGAGCCAAGGCCAGCAUGGAGUGUUUCAGCUGAGUGUGUGUGUGUGUGUGUGUGUGUGUGUGUGUGUGUGUGAGAGAUCUACAAAUAAAA